AUGCGUCAGCAAGGCACAGGGCUAUGGUUUCUAGAUUCACCAGAGUUCCAGAGCUGGCUAUCUCAGCCUAAGCAAGUCUUGUUUUGUCCUGGAAUCCCAGGAGCCGGAAAGACGAUUAUGAGCUCGAUUGUGAUCGAUUUCCUUAAGAAUAAAUUUGCAGAAGAUCUCGAGGUUAAAACUGCAUUUUUGUUCUGCAGCUAUCAGUCCCAGCAUGCGCAAAGAUCAGACGACCUGCUGUCCAGUAUUCUGAGACAGCUUGCGUACAAGGAUAGCGGGGAGCUAUGCUCGCAUGUAUAUGAUCUUUACAAAUCCAUGCCUCCAAACGAUUGCACUGCUCUGGAUCACAAUCUGGUUGCCCCGACACUAUCAUGCACGGCAAGCUCAUACAAGAGAAUAUUUAUCGUGAUUGAUGGUCUCGAUGAGCUUGGCCCUUCGAAACCGGAGCAACAACAGACACUACUGUCAGAACUUUUCAAGUUACAGAAAGUUUUUCCAGUGAACAUACUGGCCACUUCGCGGUUUGUCUCUGAAAUCCUUGGUGAAUUUGAAGAAUACCCGCAGAAGGAGAUUAGGGCAGUCGAUGAAGAUGUGCUCAGUUACGCAAAUACAAGGAUCCCACUUUUAGUGCGUGGUACCAUAACGAGCAAUCCCGCAACCCAAGACGAGGUUCGAAAGAGCAUUGUGACAAGCGCAGAUGGAAUGUUUCUGCUUGCCACGCUACACUUGGAUCACCUCAUGGGAUUCCCGACUGUGGGAGAAUUGAAAGAGGCCCUGCCGCUUUUGUCUCGUGGUGAAACGGGUCUUUUUGGAGCCUAUGACUUGGCGAUCGAAAGAAUCAAAGCUCAGGCCCCGUCUUGCGCGCGAUUGGCAACCAAAGUUCUAUCCUGGCUUACCUACGGCAGGCGACCACUUUAUGAAGAUGAGUUGCAACAUGCACUUGCGACCCGAGACAAUAUGAGCGAACUAGACCCAGAGUUCAUGCCGCCGGCUGAAAUGAUCGAUUCAUUCUGUGCGGGGUUGGUUAUUCGGGAAAGAGAUACCAAAAUUGUUCGACUCGUCCAUUAUACCACCAAGGAAUAUCUCCUGGGCAGCGCACUUCUCAGCAAUGCAGAAGCAGAACUUGCCAGGAGCUGUCUUGCCUAUCUUUGUCUGCCAACCUUUUCUGUUGGUCGUUGCUCGAGUAAAUACGAUUACAAGGAGAGAUUGAAUAUGUAUGCCCUCUACGACUAUGGUGCCAAAUAUUGGGGGGCUCAUGCGGCAGCUGUGAUGGCUGACUGCACUGAAAUCGAGGUCUCCGUUCACAAGCUCUUGAGCAUGGAUUGCUAUGUAUCUGCUGCUAGCCAGGGGCUAAUCCUCCCUCCAAUCAGCCAAAAAGAAAACAAAAUUACCGACGUUUCCAUGUGGGGACCGUGGAGCCGAUGCCCUAGCCAGGUCACAGGCAUGCACCUUGCAGCCCACUUUGGGCUAAGGGACGUCAUGGCCUACUUAUUGAACCAUAAUGAAGACCUCCUCGCCAUGGAUUCCAGGGGCCAAUCACCUCUCGUCUAUGCAGCAGAGGCGGGGCAUACAGAAACAGUCCGGUUCAUUCUUGCCGCUUCUGGGAACAAGAGCAUAGAUACCAAGGACGCAGACGGCCAAACACCACUUUUAGCAGCAAUUUCCAAGGGGAACAAUACCUUGGCCAAACUACUCAUCGACCUUGGUGCUGAUAUCAAUGAGCAAAAUGAGCAAGGUCAUUCAGCAUUGAGCCUUGCCGCAAGGGUGGACAACGUCGUUCUGAUGCAGACCCUUCUGGACAAGGGCGCCAAUGUGAACGCAGCGAAUAUGUCUGGAGCUACCCCCCUUCACGAAGCAUCGAGGGUGCACAACGUCGAUUUUGUAAAAGUUCUACUCGAGAAAGGAGCCCUGGUGGAUCCUCUCGAAAAAACCCCGACCCCGCUGCAAUAUGCUCUGUAUUCCUGCACAGUUAAUAAAUGCAGUUUUGAAGCUGAGGAGACCGUGAGACUGCUGUUAGAGGCUUGA